GAAGUCAAUUCUGAACACAAGUAAAAGACGAAACAAGAGAAGAGGAAGGAGAACCCAAAAAAGAAUGAGUUUCUUGGCAGGGAGAUUGGCAAGCGCAGAAGGUUCUUACUUCUUACAGGAAUCCAAAAAUGCCGCAGGACGUCUUGCCCAGAAGAAUAAGAUAAACAAUAAGCUCCCCUCUUCCUCUUCCAAUUCUUCUUCUUCUUCUUUGAUUGUUGAUGAGGAAGCUAAAGCAGACGUUCUUCCUGAGGUUCUCAGACAUUCGUUGCCUUGGAAGCUAUUCGACCAACCCUCCUCCUCUGAUUCUUCUCUCUACACCGCUUCCAAAUGGGCUCUUCGUGCCGAUCCCAACAAGGCACCUUCUGUCUCCGCCGAUGCUCUCAACCCUCUUCGCGCUUACGUUUCUCUCCCCCAGGUCACCUUUGGCCCCAAAAGAUGGGAAUUGCCUUACACAGAACACUCCAAUUUAGCCUCGACAGCCAAUAGGUUACGUCGUGACGGGUAUACUCCUGUUAACGCUGAGAAAUUGAAGGCCGCAGCUGAAGGGCUCUCACGAAUUGGAAUGGCAUUUUUUGUUGCCACUGCGCUUGUCUUUGGUGGGUCCACUUUAACAUUUGCACUGAUAGCCUCCAAGCUAGAGCUGCACAAUAGUGAUGACAUCAAAACCAAAGGCAAAGACAUCCUCCAGCCCAAAUUUGAGACGGUUAGGAAGCAAUUCAUGCCAUUACAAGUUUGGGUAUGUUGCUGAACAGGCUGAAAACAUGUCAAAGAAAUGGAAUGUCAAAAGAGAGGAAGAAAUUAAAGAGAAGCCUAUCAUUAAAGAGCUUUCCAAGAGAUUAGGUGCAAGGACAUCCAGCUGAUUCAUGCAUAAUUUUCCAUUUUGUUAUACCAUCAGUAUAUCACUUGUCAUGGCUGUAUUUACAGGUUUUCAAAGGGAACAUUUGUAAAGUAUGUCAAUAAAUUAAACUUGGUUCUUACC